AUGCCAAAGGGGCGGCGCGGCAGCCACAGCCCCACCAUGAGCCAGCGGUCGGCCCCGCCCCUCUAUUUCCCGUCCCUGUACGACCGCGGCAUCUCCUCAUCCCCGCUCAGCGACUUCAACAUCUGGAAGAAGCUCUUCGUGCCGCUGAAGGCGGGCGGGGCGCCAGUGGGCGGGGCGGGGGGGGCCCGGUCCCUGCCCCAGGCGCCUCCCGCCCCGGCUCCCCCGCCCCCGCCACCACCAGGCCUGGGUCCCCCCGGCGAGCGCCCCUGGCCCUCGUCCUGGCCCUCUGGCCUGGCCUCCAUCCCCUACGAGCCUCUGCGCUUCUUCUACUCGCCGCCGCCGGGGCCUGAGGUGGCUGUCUCGCCCCUGGCCCCCCGCCCCUCGACCCCCAGGCUCGCCUCUGCCUCCCACCCCGAAGAACUGUGCGAGCUGGAGAUCCGGAUUAAGGAGCUGGAGCUGCUCACCAUCACUGGGGACGGCUUCGACUCCCAGCGCUAUACAUUCCUGAAGGCGCUAAAAGAUGAAAAGUUACAAGGACUGAAGACCAGGCAACCUGGAAAGAAGUCGGCCUCUCUCUCCUGAGGAGCUGCCCACCAGAGCUUGGGCAGCCGCCUCCUUAGGUGUUAGUGCUUAGAUAAUGUGUCCCAUUUGUUGUCAUUUCAAAGAUGGUUAUUUUCUGUUCUGUAUUUACCGCUGUUCUUAUUGCUACCAGCAUGUAUUUCACAUACAGUGCCCGCUUUGCGUGGUAAAUCUCAUGGUCUCUCCUCUCUAUGUGCUGCUGAGUGAGCUCUCUCAUGAGGUCUAGAAGCUGCUGCCCAGCCAGCAUUCAAGGUCUCCCGAGAGACCGGGGAGGGAACCCCCAACACUGUCAUAGUCAUGCAAACCAGAACGACAGAUUAUCAG